ACGUGGGCGCGUACAGGCCUCCAGCAAGCGUCAAAGAGUCGGGGCGGGGCCGGGGCCUGAUGGUGGUGGCUCGCUCCAAUGCAAAACAGGCGCGAGCGAAUGAGCGGCCGAAGCUCCAAGCGCCGCAACACUACUCGCACAAUUGGCUGCCAGCCAGAGAUCGAAACCACCUGUGUGAUUUGUUUGAUGCCCUUGCAGCACGCACUCCUUGGGCCUCGCUGAAAGCCGCGUGAUUGGCUACGCGUCGUUCGGGAUGUUUGAUACGGGCGUCGCUGUGCGGGAGGCUUCGACCAGACACUCGAGCCGAGCACUGAGCAAGGACGUCAGGCCGGCACGCUGCAGUGAUGGAACAGUACGAGAGAAUCUGAAACAGCUGACGAGACGUGUGAGAGAACAAAAGAAGGGAACGGCUGAUGAACUGAUGCAGAAACUGGACGACGGUGUCGAGGACGCCUGUGCAGUAUCCUUCUGGUCUCGUGGGAACACUCGGGCAUUUUAUGUUGCUUGCAGCCGCUGUGUAUUCUUUCUAGCUGCUGGACCUUCUCGCGCGCUUCCAUCUCCAUGCCGUUCAAACCGUCGAGGGACCACCCGUUGGCCGGCUGCUCCAGCAUUCUGUGGUUCGUCAGGUGGGCGCGCGCCUCACCACACCAGCGCUUGGGCCCUUGUCCGUACGGAGGCUGUGCGAAGAUGGCUGCUUAAUUCAUCUUCACAGGCCAACGCGAGACUGACGGCUCCUUCGUUGAAACCCCAAAUUGCGAGCGCUUACCACCUCAACCUUCCCGUCCAGUGCAUGCCCAAGAAGCCUUCGCCGGAUGAGGCGUUGUUCUGCUUCAACCCAUCUGCGUCGUGACUUGCCUCCGCUAGAAGUGUCGCACUGCGGCCCUAGGGAGGACCAAUUGCAACGCGGAGCUGCAUGCUAUCUGAUGCCACGCGGAGAUUUUCUUUGAGGUACGGGAA